AUGGCAGACCAAGCUAUCCUCACGGCUCAAGGCCAUCAACAGGCUAUGCCAAGAUCAUUUUCCAUGCUCUCCGCCCUGGGACUUGGGUUCAGGUGAACCAGUCGGUUCUAUCUCCUUGUGCAGUAUUGACUGAACAUUAAUAGCGUCACUAAUUCAUGGGCCUCAUAUGUCAGCAAUUUUGGGCAAAAUAUUUCCUAUGGAGGACCACAAAGUGUCAUACUCGGAGCGCUUGUGGCUCUUUUUGCACAAUGGAUCCUCACUUUGGGCCUCUCUGAAUUGGCUUCUGCGUUUCCUUCGUCGGGGGUGAGGAAUCUUAUAGUUGUACUCGGGAAUGGUAGCGGAAUAUUGACUUGAUCAUUAGGGACAGUACCACUUCGUCUGGAUUCUUUCGGAGAAGAAAAAGGAUUUUGCUGCUUUCGUUGUUGGGUGGCUUUCUGUCAUUGGGUGGUGCAUUGCUACAGCUAGUGGAGUUUCGCUCGCCACAAUUUCAAUAUUUGGGUUGGUGAAGUUCUGGAACGAUGGCUUUGAGGGAGGUGCUUGGAUGGUUUAUCUUAUUUUUCUCGUUGUUAUUGGGUUGACUUGUAAGUCAUCCUAUGUUUGGAGCUUUAAAACUGAGUCUAAUCCAUAGAUAGUCUUACCGUUAUACCUCACUCCAAGAUCUCUACCACUGCUUACGACUAUUUCUCUGUGGGUCUCGCUCCUCGGUUUUGGGGUCAUCUUUGUGGUUUUAGUUGCCAUGAAGAAACAUAAUAAUCCAUGGCCGUAUCUUACCGAAUCACAUCUUGGAACAAGUGGAUGGGGCGAAGAGACUGCUUGGCUUCUUGGUAGUAUAAAUUCAAUGUCAGUUGUUGAGAAGUUCUUCAAUGAUCUUUUCCAACAAAAUCUGAUGGAACUGACUAGGUAUGCAUUUUCCGGCUGUGACGCACCUAUCCACAUUGCAGAAGAAGUGCCCAAACCAGGCAUAAAGAUUCCUGCUGUGAUGAACCUCACGAUGUUCAUCGGUGCUCUGACAACCUUCCCUCUUCUUACAUUGAUGAUGUACGCAAUGAGAGACAUGCAAGCAGUCAUCACAUCAGGUCUACCAAGCGCGGAAUUGAUCUACCAAAUCACAGAGAGCAAAACCGUUACGACAUUCAUGAUGUGUUGGGUCAUCCUGGUAUACACCAGCUCUUUAAUCGGCCAGUGGGUGACCUGCGGCCGUUUAGUUUGGGCAUUCGCUCGAGAUGUAAGUUCUAUCUCCCCUUUCAAAUCAUUUACUGGAGCGUCUUGACUUAAAGCAUAGGGCGGAACUCCAUACAAAGAAUAUUUCAUCCACAUCGACACCCACCGCCAGUUUCCCCUCCGCGCAACCCUCGCAGCAGUCACCUUCGUCUCCAUCUACGGGCUCCUCUACCUAGCCUCCACCACAGCAUUUAAUUCCAUCCUCACAACCACUGUCUUCUUCCUCGACUUAACUUAUGCGAUUCCGCAAGGCAUCCUCCUGUUCCGAGGCCGUGGCAAAACUACACUACCGGAUAGACCACUAGAUUUGGGUGCCUGGGGAUACGUGGUUAAUUCCUUCUCGGUUGUGUGGACGGUGUUACUUGGCGUGAUGGUUUGUUUUCCUACGAGGUUUCCGACCGAGAUUGGGAGUAUGAAUUGGGCUGCGGUUAUUAUUGUGGGGAUUCUGGGGGUAGUGGGGGUGUUGUGGGCGUAUGUGGGAGACGGGUUUGAAGGUCCGAAGAUUGAUUUGAGGGCGCUUAGUGAGGCUAAUGGGGGUGAGAAGAGGAGAGGAUAG